ACACCUUGUCCCCAGUUGUGUCUGCCGCCACCUGCGGGAGGAUUGUCUGCUGGUCUUCUUGCACUCUCUGGUGGGAUGCCAAAUCCUGAAAUGCCACCUCUUCGGCUAGGAAGCCAGCGGUAGCUGAAAAGAGGAACGGAAAGCCUAGAGAUGCCUAUGGAUGUUCCAUUCUGAAAUUUGCUUGAUUUGACAUUCAUCUGCUAGCUGUGAUCAUUAUCAGCAUUUUUUUGGUUGCCAUCAUGCAAACUACAGAUUUGGGAAGCAAAGAAACUGGAAAGAUCUGGCAUAGAAAGUCCACUCCUGCCACGAAUGAUGGGAUUAUCGUGAAUAUUGUGCAUGGAAGUACUGCCAGUCACUCCAAUACGGGAAGGUUUUUGCAGGUGGCUUUUGACGGUCCUGGGGACUCCUUUCUUGCUGGUGAUCAUCUUGGAAAUAUCUAUUCAUUCAAUUUAAACAGAAACAAGUUUGAUCUUGUUCAACGGACCACACAGGCAUGCACAGCUCUAGCAUUUAACCUUCACAGAAAGUCAGAAUUCCUUGUGGCCCUUGCCGAUUACUCUGUUAAAUGUUUUGACACAGAUACAAAGGAAAUCGUGAGUUGGAUGCGUGGCCAUGAUUCUUCGGUUACAUCCAUCUCUGUACAUAGCUCUGGGAGAUAUGCAAUUACAACCUCCAGUGAUACUGCUCAACUCUGGGACCUGGAUACCUUCCAAAGGAAAAGAAAACUCAAUGUCCGCCAGUCUGUUGAAAUACAAAAGGUGUUCUUCCUUCCUUUAAGUAACACAAUCUUGAGCUGCUUUAAAGAUGACUCGAUCUUUGCCUGGGAGAGCGACACCCUCACUUGCAAAUACCAGCUACCGUGUCCUGAGGACGGAUCGAAGAUGCAUUAUAAGGCCUUUGCUAUUACAAGGGAUGGGAGAAUUCUGGCAGCUGGAGGAAAAUCUUGCAAUGUGCACCUCUGGUGUUUGGAUUCCAAGCAGCUUUACCGAAUAAUCCAGCUGCCUGCUACAGUGCGAAGUGUGAGGCAGCUGGAGUUUCUCCCAGAUAGCUUCGAUGGCUGUUCCAGUCAGGUCCUAGGGGUGCUCAGCCAAGAUGGUAUAAUGCGCUUUAUCAAUAUUCACACGUGCAAACUUAUAUUUGACAUUGGCACCCAUGAUGACGGAAUAGUUACUUCAUCUAUCAGCACCAAUGGCCGGUACAUUGCCAGCAUAAUGGAGAAUGGCAGUGUGAACCUGUAUAAUGUACAAGUUCUGACCAGAGAAAUCAAUAAGCCCCCACCACCGCUUGUUAAAAUGGUAGAUUUAUCAAAAGACAAAGAUUCUACUGUCAAUAAGACCGGAGUAAGUAGCGAGAAAGUCAGGGUCUCAUCUGGUAGGACUUGUCGGCCUUGGAAAUCAAAGGAUGAAAUAGUCAAGACUAGAAUACUGAGGCCAGAGACAAAUCCAGCUUGUGAAAAUAAGGAGAAUGAAUUGACAAGUGGGCUGAAUAAACCACGAAUGCAGGCUUUACUAAAAGGCUUCGGAGAGUAUCCAACAAAAUAUAGAAUGUUUAUUUGGAGGUCUUUGCUCCAACUGCCAGAGAAUCAUGCAGCUUUCAGCAGUUUAAUUGACAAAGGCACCCAUUCUCAGUAUGCACUUCUUCAUCAGGAUUACCCCAUCAAAAGUAGAAAGCUUCUGAGAGUUUUGCAGAGAACGCUCUCUUCCUUGGCUCACUGGUCUGCAAUAUUUGGAGAAACGAAAUACCUGCCUCUGCUGGCAUUUCCAUUUGUGAAAUUAUUUCAGAACAAUCAGCUUAUCUGCUUUGAAGUUGUUGCUACUGUGCUAACUAAUUGGUGUCAACAUUGGUUUGAGUAUUUUCCAAAUCCGCCAAUCAACAUCCUGGGUAUGAUUGAGAAUGUCCUUGUGCAUCAUGACAAGGAGCUAGUGCAACAUUUGGUGAAUCAUGGGGUGACAGCCCAGAUUUAUGCAUGGCCUCUAUUGGAAACGCUCUUUUCUGAGGUUUUAACAAGAGAAGAAUGGCUGAAGCUGUUUGAUAACGUGUUUUCUAACCACCCUUCGUUCCUUCUGAUGGCUGUUGUAGCUUAUGUCAUAUCCUCUCGGUCACCAUUAUUGUACUGCAACCAGAAGGAUGACUUUGAGUACUUUUUUCAUCACCGGAAUAAUUUGGAUAUUAACAACAUGAUCAAAGAAGCGUAUCAUCUCAUGGAUGCCACCCCUGCAGACAUCCACCCACAGCGUUUGAUAAGUGACUUUGUGCCACUUACUAAAGGGCAGUAUCCAAUAUUCAACAAAUACCCCAAGUUCAUUGUGGAUUAUCAGAGUCAGGAGCGAGAGAGGAUCAGGCAGGAGGAAAUGGAAUAUUUGCGCGAGAGACAAUUAACUCACGAAGUAGAAAUUGAAGCAUUGAAGCGCAGGGUGGAAGAUGAAGCCUGGUACCAGCAGCAGAAACUACUACGCGGGGCAGAGGAACAGAGACGGAAACUUUUAAAGGAAGAGGAAGACAAACUGCUACAUCAAAGGCAAAGGCUGGCAGCUGUAAAACGUGAGCUCAAACUGAAGGAGCUUCAGCUCUUGGAUGCAGCGCGAAGACGUUUUCUAAAAUAUCAGCAGGAACAACGCAAGAUGGAACUGAAACGACUGGAUGAUGAGAUUGAACGAAAGAUGUCUAUGCGGGAAAGGGAAACCGCCACGGUAGUUCAAGAUGUUGAAAUACGGCAAAUGGAACUUGAAGCACAGCGACGGUUCUUUGAACAAAAACUGGCCAAAGAGCAGGAAGCUGUGACUCAGGAAUUGAAAGGGGAGCUGGACACUAACCGUAGAAAGGCCGACCUUGAAGAACAAAUGUUCUGGAGACUCAUGGAAAACGAAGACGACCUCAAGGAUCAGAAGUUGCUUGAAGAGAGCUUGGCACAGGCUGAUCGUCUGUGUUUGGAGACCGAAUUGAAAAUUCAAGCCCUUAACAAGCAGAAACUAGAUGAUGUUGACCGGGGAAAAUGUUAUGAUAAGGUUGUAAAACUAGCAGAAGACGUUAAGGAAAAAGAAAAGGAGCUACUCGAUGUCAUUAAAGACCUGGAGACAAGAAAGUGGGCCGAUGUCUCAAACAGAAGAGCUCAGCUGGAAAGUGAGCAACAUGAAACAUCUGUAUUGGAUAACCAAAGGAAAUGCUUUUUACAAACUGGCAUGGUUCAAGAGGUUCUCCCCGAAGAUGUCCUAGAAGAUGAAAAUGAUUGUUUUGAAAAACUCUGCAAUUUAAGACUUGGUUCCUCUGAGAGAAAUUCGGAGCAACGAAAAACAGAAGAUCAACAGAGACCUGGGAACGUCUGUUUAAAUGAUGUCUCUUCCUCGGAUUCAUCUGCUCAUUUUUCUUUAGACCGAGGCAGAGCGGACCUAGACCUCCGAGAACGCAUUCUUAUAAAUGAAGUACGAGAUCUGAGACAGAAACUGGCUUCCCAGGCACGGAAACAUCAUCCCAUGGCGCGCUAUCCGGAUACAAACUGGACUUAGGAAACAGUGUUACCUAAUCUGUAAAAUACCAACCUUUGUUCUUUACAAUAUACACAUAGUUGAUUUUAUUCUAUUUAUUUUUAAUAAAAGUGCUGGAUUUUGUUCAGCAUCGAUGAUGCCCAAAAGUCUAUUAAAAUCAGAAGGUUUUAUUGUACAGUAAA